AUGCAAAUCCACGACGCCCACUCGCCCACCGAGCCCUUGGACUUCCUCCAGGCCUGGGUCAAGGUCCACCACCUGGACACACCCGCGCCUGGCCAGCCCACGCCAGCCGCCGCCGCGCUGCUCUCCGCCGUCCCGCGGUCCCCCGCCGUGCGAGAUGAGGCCAUCCAGGCGCUCCUGGGCGCCGGCGUGUGCAUCUCCCUGACGGACGGCGGCGCCUGCAAGGCCACCGCGGUGGACGAGACCGCACGAUGCAAUCGGAGGCCGCCUGCGUCCUCCUCGGCCCAGCGCCGCAUCACCUUCCGUGGGGACCGCGUCUUCAAGUUCGAGCCGCCCGGCGCCCAGCUGCAGCCGUUCAACUUCGCCAGCUCCCACCGCGACGGCAUGGCCGCCGGCCUGCUCAAGAGGGUGCGCCACGGCCUCGACGUGGACGGGCCCAACACGGCCGACCUGGGGUGCAAGAAGCGGCGGCUGCGGACCGAGCUCAUCACGAGCCGGCUGUCCCACGCGUACUCGCAGCCCGCGACGCACAUCCUCAACCGCGAGGGGCAGAAGUCGGGCGACAAGCGGUUCCUCAAGAUGGCCACCUCGUCCGUGGCGCCCGUCGCGCGGAGGCUCGCCCACCUGAGGGCGACGUCGUACAUACGGUACUCGACGAUGAACCGCCUGAGGCAGAGGCUCGGCAUUCCGUGGCCAAUGAUGAUACCGGUGACGGUCCCGGAUCACGGACAGCCGCAGGCAGGCUCGGGGAAGCAGAAAGACGCCGAAAAGGAUACCAAGGAAGCCCCCACGAGUUUGUUCGAGCUCAAGUCCAAGACGCAGUGGCGGCCUCCAUCGCUGCUCACUGCCUCGCGCGGGCAGUUUGUGCCGCUCGAGGUAAAAGCUGCAAAUCAUAAGCCAGCUUUGGCCUCAUCAGCUGCUACGUCGUCACGGACCUCAUCUGCCUCAUCAUCCCAGGCUCCCGCGUCCAUGCCUUCCCGGUCGCCUUCACCCUUAUCGUCUCGGCUACCACUGGCCUUGCCGCCUCGGCCUCCAUCGGCUUUGCAGAACCGGCCCACAUCCCAAUUGGACUCGUCACCUUCCCGAAACAACAAGGCCCUCUCCCUCUCGCCCAAACCUGCAUCGUCCCCUGCCCAUGCAGCUGAUGCAGGGGCGGCAAAGGGCAAGUCGUCGGGACCUGCUCUCCCCGUCUCCUCGCCUGAGCGACCGCCUAGAAGUUCCUUCUACGACAACCUGGAAGAAGACAGCUUCGCGUCGCGCCACCUGAUUGACGACGACUUCAAUGAUGCUGUGGACGACCCGGAUGAGGUGUACUCGGACUUUAGUGUAAUAUUUAGUACCAAAAAGAAGAAGAAGGGCAAAAGAAAGAAGGAAGACGGCUGCAGGAGCGGUGAAGGGGAGAACGGGGGCGAGGGGAGCGGUUCGGACGACGAGGACGGGUCAUACGAGGAGUUUCUGGAUGAGCUCGACGGCAUCUCGUGGGUGGCCUUCUAG